AUGGAGUGGGUUGUCGGCGGCAAGUUUAAGAUAGGUCGCAAAAUCGGAAGCGGUUCGUUUGGUGAAAUUUUCAUCGCUUCGGAUAUGGAUAACUCUGAGAUCGUAGCCGUUAAAAUGGAGAAGAAGAAUACAAGGCAUCCACAACUAUUGCAAGAGGCCAAAUUGUAUAGUAUUCUUCAAGGAGAAAGUGGUAUUCCAAAUAUGAAAUGGUGUGGUACUGAUGGAGACCAUAAUGUUCUGGUUAUGGAUCUUCUAGGACGUAGUCUGGAAGAUCUUUUUGUCUUCUGCGGGAACAAGCUUUCUUUAAAAACAGUUUUGAUGUUGGCUGACCAGAUGCUUACGAGAAUAGAAUACGUACAUUCCAAGGGAUUUUUACAUAGAGACAUUAAACCAGAUAACUUCCUAAUGGGUAUUAGGAGGAAAUCAAGUCAGGUUUAUAUUAUUGAUUUCGGACUAGCAAAAAGAUAUCGGGACCCCAAAACAAAAUUGCAUAUUGCUUACAGAGAGAAGAAAAAUUUAACAGGGACUGCACGAUAUGCAAGUUGCAAUACUCACUUAGGAAUUGAGCAAAGUCGUCGUGAUGACUUGGAAUCUAUUGGUUAUGUUCUUAUGUACUUCUUAAGAGGAAGCCUUCCUUGGCAGGGACUGAAAGCUGUCACCAAAGAGGAAAAAUAUAACAAGAUUCGGGAGAAGAAGUUAUCAACUCCCAUUGAGACGCUUUGCGAAUCAUAUCCGGUGGAGUUCGCUUCUUACUUUCAUUAUUGUCGCUCUUUGGCAUUUGAUCAAGAUCCAGAUUAUGGAUUCUUAAAGCGUCUGUUUCGUGAUUUGUUCAAUUGUGAAGGAUAUGAGUAUGACAAUUUAUUCGACUGGACCAUCCUAAGAAAUCGGCAGGUGCAACAGACAAGGAGACAGAAUCAAUCAUCUACUUCAGAUGCUGUGCCUAGUGCUGUUCCUAGCAGUAUGGAACCAUCGGCUGUGGAAAAGCGCACAGGAAUCAAUAGUUCUCCUCAAUUUACUGUAACAAAACUGCUAACGAAUCUUGAUCGUCCAAACACGCGUGUGCAUCCUAAGCCAUCCAAUGUUAAGAAACCGAAUGCCAGGAAUCAUACUGAAAAACAUAAUGUGAACAAUGGUUCAUCCACUUCAUCUGCCUUGCAAAAAUCAACUACAGGAGUGGUCUCGAAGCCUGAAAGGUCCACAGGAACCUCAAACCUAAGUCGUGUAUUUGGUAGUAACUCCCAUGUUUCAAGCAGCUGGAUGCCUUCGUUGCGACGGAUUUCUUCAACCAAAUAA